CGUCCAAAACUUCACACCACCACCAAUUCAACAUUCUACUCUAUCUUGCAAUAAUUUUUGAGAGCUAGCUAGCCAGCGAACCAAAACUAACCAUGGCCGCAGCAACCUCAACCGUAGUGGGCUUGGCCACUUCUUCCCUCUCACCACUCAACCGCAACAAAUCCACCUUAAAUUCAGCCUUCUUGAAGUCUCCCACAAUAGCAAGGAACCCUUUAAGGGUUGCACAAGCUUCCGGUGGCAAGUACACAUGUACUUUUCCAAGAGACUGGCUACGUAGAGACUUGAAUGUGAUCGGGUUUGGGUUGAUCGGAUGGCUUGCACCCUCAAGCAUACCCGCAAUAAAUGGUGAUAGUUUGAGUGGCUUAUUCUUUGGGAGCAUUGGAACCGAGCUCGCUCACUUCCCCACCCCUCCGGCUCUCACUUCCCCCUUUUGGUUGUGGUUGGUGACAUGGCAUUUAGGACUCUUUAUAUGCCUCACUUUUGGGCAAAUUGGGUUCAAAGGAAGGACCGAAGAUUAUUUUGAGAAGUAGAGUCUUUGUGUGUUUCUAAAUUUUUAUUUCUCAGUACCUAAUCUAUGUUUGCUUAUAUCCAAAUGGCCCUCUGGGAAUCACGGAUUCUCUAAUCUUCCUUGUCCUUGUUGUGUAAUAUAUUAUCACUAUGCCAUUAAAUUAAAGUUAUAACGAUUUCAGUUUUGUUUAA